AGAUCUCUCGGACCCGGACCUCACCGGCGCUCCUACCGGCUAUUUUCGGAGACCCUACCUCUCAUCCUGUCACUAGAUGGCAGCACGGCACCGCACCUGCCCCACCGAUGACAGGUGUCGCACGGUCCCAUAGCCCGUGACCAGACCAUGAUUGCGGCCACUUGUCCGGCGCGAGACGAGGGCGGCAGCGCCGGAGUUCCGCCUCAGUCGUCAUCCGGACCGCCGCCGUCACAUCCUCUCCCAGACUCUCAUCCCAUCGCCGCCUUCGCUGGAGACUCGCCGUCGUCCCAUCGUCGCGUCGCUCCCGUCACGGUCGGCCGCUCGUCGCUGUCAGCCGGCCGUCGUUCUGCAGUCAGCUGAGUGCGGGGUGGCCGGCGGGGCGUUCCCGGCUUAUCAGCUCGGCUGGAUAACGCUGUGCCGCGCGGCGCUGGUCGCAGAGAGAGAGAUAGCUCUGCAGUGGCCAGCGUCACAGGCGGGCACAGGUGACGGCGUGGUGUGAAUUGUGUGACGGCAGUGACGCGUGUGUGAGUUGAGCUGUGUGACGAGUGACGCAGGUCGCGGCGCGUCGGACCAUGCCGCUGUUCGGUAAAUCCCGCAGGAGGGACGGCGAGAGUGGGGCGAACGGUGUGGCUCCGUCAGCCCCGCCUCUCGACGACUCGCCCUCUCCUUCCCCUCACGCGGCGCCGCGGCGGGAGCGACCGCCCCAGAGUGCGCCGCCCAGCUACCCGGCGCCGCCGCCGCCGCGACCAGCCACGCCACCGCAGCCCAAGCUGCAGUUUCACUGCCAGCUGGCGCACGGCAGUCCGACCGGCAUCAUCUCCGGCUUCGGCAACGUCAAGGAGCUCUACCAGCGCAUCGCCGAGUGCUACAAGCUGCCGGUCUCAGAGAUUCUGUUUUGCACAUUAAAUACACACAAGGUCGACAUGAAUAAGCUAUUGGGAGCCCAGAUCGGCUUGGACGACUUCAUUUUCGCACACAAGAAAGGUCAGGCGAAGGAGGUAGAGAUCACCAAAACCGAGGACGCCCUGGGUCUGACCAUCACCGACAACGGGGCCGGCUACGCCUUCAUCAAGCGCAUCAAGGAGGACAGCGUCAUAGACCGGAUAGGGCACAUCAAGGUCGGAGAUCACGUGGAGAGGAUUGAUGACGUCAGUCUGGUGGGCUGCCGGCACUUUGACGUCGCCAGAAUGCUGAAGGAGAUCCCCGUGGGCACCACAUUCACACUCAGGGCCGUGGAACCGCUCACGGCAGGAUUCGCCAAUAUCGGGCCCCGGUCCGGCCCGAAGUCGGGCAGCAAAGCUCCCCAGUACGGCUCGGGGAAGGCGACACUACGAUUCCGAGCCAACGGACCAGCAGUGGUGGAACAGGCGCCGACCGAUCUGACGGAGGCCGGCACAGACAAGAUCAACGAACUCCUGGACGGCUUCCUGGGAAUCAGCGACGGAGAACUUGCCGCCCAGAUCUGGGAGCUCGGGGAGAACAAGCGCAGUCCGGAACAGUUCGCUGAGGCGCUGGACAACUCGGAGCUGGAGGCGUUCGGCUUCACAGAUGAGUUUGUCAUCGAACUGUGGAGUGCCAUCACCGGCGUGCGGGCCCUGAACGGCUCGUUUUGAGAGAGCUGGUCGCAAGGGACGGGCUCAGGGUGAAACCAGUGGCAGCUAACAGCCGUUGGCAAACUUGCCUUACAAGGGAACAACGGUGACGAAAAGACAUAAUUUUUCGUUUUCAGCGUCCUUAUGGUUGCAGGAUUAUAGUGUGAAGUGUGAAAGACAUUGCCACCAAAAAUUUUAAACAGUUUUUGUGGCGGCAACCUUAUUGCAAGUGUUGUGAUAGAGGCAGUCGAGACCAAGUAAGUACUAGUGGCCAUGGUUGCAAAGAUUGCGGACCUAAGCAUUGGUACUCAUGCAACGAGCACGGCAGCUUUUUGGUAGCUCAGGUGCUCGUCUGCUCCCACAAUCAUACGAGUCCUCCGAUAACGUAAUAUUGUGGCCAUAUAUUUAUGCGUGGUUGAGCUUCUUGCCAGCUUCAUACUUCUGGAAGCUGCAUAUGUCUAUUUCAAUAGGUGUUUGAAGUAGCUAUAUGCGUACCCGGCCUUAAUCCUAAUUACCUUUGAAUCAUAAGGAACGCGCGACGAUGCGCCGCCUUAUGAAUCGAUGAUGUUUCAUGCCAUGUCUAAGUUAAGCGACGGUUGCGGCGUGGCAACAUUUCUUUAAAUGCCCUAUGCUGUUUGACGCACGACGCUCGUUACAUGGUUUUAAACUGUAUUUAUGUAGUUCGUGCCUUGGCACCAUUUGACUUCCUUAUAGAGACGUCGGCAGCGUGUACCUGCCUCUAUGAGCGUCUUUGACUUGUGAGCGUGAAUGGGAAUGAAACGCUUCCAGAAAAGUUAAUGAUCGUGUCAUUGCGCGGUUGUUAGGAUAAAUAAAGGUGCUGCUAAAGUGAUA